GACCGACUCUUUCCCCUCUCUGACUGAUGUUUACUGGGCUGGGUUCUGGGAAAAGGUCAGAUUGCAUCAGACAGGGCCUGAGGGGUUGGAGCCAGACUGUGGGCCGAGGAGGAGACUGUGGCCUUGUAAGUUGGGGCCAGUGAAUUGGGAGGUGUCAGCAAAGCAGACACAAACAAAGCUUUAGAAGACGAGAGAGAGAGAGAGAGAGAGAGAGAGAGACAGAGACAGAGACAGAGACAGAGACAGACAUCAUGGCCACCAUCCCGAGAGCAGCCAGCCCGUCCAGGCAGCCCCCAGGCCCAGAGGAUGAAGACCCCAACCUGGAUGAGUAUGACCUCUACAGCCUGGCUCAUUCUUACCUGGGAGUGGGAGGCCGGAAAGGUCGCACCAAGAGAGAAGCCGCCGCCAAUACCAACCGUCACAGCCCUGGUGGGCACGAGAGGAAGCUGGUGACCAAGCUCCAGAACACGGAGCGGAAAAAGCGAGGGGCACGGCCCUGAGACAGAACUCGAGAUGAAGUUAGAGCACGGACACCCCACAGCGACGGAGACAGAACUGCGAGGAACCAGCCCCUGGGGGCGGGAUCCAGGCCUGCUUGCCCCCGCCCCCAGGACUUAGCCCACCUGACUGAGGUUCCGAAGGGCCACCAACGAAGCAGCCCCAGCCCCAGAAAAAAAACAAGAUGGGGAACAAGAGGCAGAGAAUAGAGAGAGGCAGAAUCAUGAAGGUACCCCUCAAAAAGAAAGAAGAAACCGGAGCUCCCCAGGGUGACAGCGACAAUAAACAAAGUACAGCAGCUG